AUGAAUUUUGACAAUAUUGUGAAAUUUAUGGAGAAAUCAGAGGCUUGUUUAAAUUAUGAGUUGAUUAAUGUGCCUUUUGUUCCAAAUACAUUUUCAUUGUGGAGAGAUGUUGUCUAUGAAAAUUUGGAGUAAGACCAAUGGUUUGAGUUUGUGAAAUAGAUUGACAAGUAGUUGUUUUAAAAAUAUUUGGAGAAGGUAAGAGAAGCAUAUGCAAGGAAACUAACUUAUUAAGAUUUGAAGUUGAAUCUUAGAUACGAUAUAGAUGCCAAAAAGUUUGAGAGCAUAUUCGAAAAUGAAUUAAAGAAACAGGUUGAUACAAUAACAGUGCAUCUCUCCUAUUAUCAAGCUUAGGUUGAAUAUGCAUAUGACUUGUUAAGGAGAAUACAUACAUAUAAGUUCGUGGAUUUCAAUGUAGAAUAAAUUUAGACAUGGCAGAAAGAUUAAACUUUGUAUUAGAAAUAUUUAGAUAAAAUUAUGAAAGGAUUCAUUACGAAUGUGUAGGAGAUUGCAACUGAGAAGAUAAAGGAAUUCUGUGCCACUGGGUUAAUAAAGAAUAAUUCAUUCUUGGAUUCAGGGAAAUCCUUUUUUAAAUCAUUCUUUUUCAAUGGAAGUGUUGCUGUGGCUAAAUUGAGUAAUUUGAAUUUGGGUUUAUUUAUUGGUGGAAUAAUAGCAGAAUAAGUUGUCAGUAAAGUGGCAUUGAGUAUAAUGACAUAGAGGAUUAGUUCUAAAUUAGAUUUCUUGUAAUUGGAACUUGAUCAAAUGACAAAUGAAUUAACUUAUAUCAAUUCAGAUUUGGAUCAUUUGAUUUACAGAGCUGUCGAAGAAUUCCCAAAGAACUUUGAUUAAAACAAAAAUUGUAAUUAUAGAUUCUAAUAGAAUUCAGUUAUUCAAGCCUUUGUUUAAAAGAACUACAAAGUGAAUUUGGGAACUGACAUCAUCUAUUGUCCAGAUACUAAUACCAUUAUUCAGAAGAGUGUCGAAGAGGACUGUGUGUUGUUGAAUGAAGUUGAAUACAAUCUACCUCUUUAAGAAGAGAUCGACGAAGAUGCUUGUGUCAUAAAAUUAUCCACCAAUAUUUCAGACAACAUUAAUAAAUAACAUUUUGAUUCUAUGUAUUGA